GGGUUCUUGCAGAGUUUUGCUUAAAAAUCAUCUGAGGAAUUUUGUGACAAAUGAUUCCCACAAAUUUGGGUCUCCCCAAAUGAUCUUUGGGAAUGUUGAACUACCAGGGCCCUCCCCAACCCAACCCAGAAAACCCUAUUCACCAUCUUCCUCCAUUAAUUCCCACAUUAAUUUGUUCGGUCGGAUUGAAUGACUCAGAGCUCUGAAGUUUCAAGCUACCUUCUGUUUGGUGAGAGAGAAAGAUAGUUUAUUUUCAUGGCUUCCACUUUUGCUGGAGUAGGCAUGUUACAAGAGAGUAUGAGCUAUCCAUCAACUCAGUUUGCCACGUCAAGACAAAUGGGGAUAUACGAGCCGUUCCGCCAGGUUGAUGUGUGGAAAGAAACCUUGAGAGGCUCUAACACAGCUGCUUCCUCAAUUAUAGAAGUGGAUUCUGGGAUCGAAACCAAGUUUGGAUUUGUUUCUCAUGAAUCCAUGAUGCCUUCUGGAAAUGAUCAUGAACCAAACAGAUCGGCUGAUAAGGUACGGAGACGGUUAGAACAAAAUCGUGAAGCUGCACGUAAGAGUCGUAUGCGAAAAAAAGCUUAUGUUCAACAACUCGAAACAAGCCGUUUAAAACUAGCACAGCUGGAGCAGGAACUUGACAGAGCUAGAAAACAGGGUGCCUAUGCAGGCAAUGCAUUAGGUACUAGUCAUAUGGGAUACAACGGAGCUUUGAAUUCAGGGAUCACUACAUUUGAGAUGGAAUAUGGACACUGGGUUGAAGAACAAUACAGACAGAAUGUUGAACUCAGAAAUGCACUGCAAGAUCAUGUAACGGACAUAGAACUGCAGAAACUCGUAAAGGGUGCCUUGAACCACUACGCCAAUCUUUUCCGAAUGAAGGCAGAUGCAGCAAGGGCUGAUGUCUUCUACUUACUGUCUGGCAUAUGGCGAACAUCAGUUGAACGCCAUUUUCAUUGGAUCGGAGGAUUUCGCCCCUCAGAGCUGCUAAACAUUGUGUUGCCGCAGCUUCAGCCAAUGACUGAUCAACAACUUUUGGAUUUCUGUAACCUGCGGCAAUCGUCUCAGCAAGCGGAGGAUGCUCUCUCGCAGGGAAUGGACAAACUGCAGCAGGCAUUGGCACUCAGCAUAGCAGCUGAUCAAAUGAGUGGAGAAAGCUUCGGAUCUCAGAUGGCUUCUGCACUUGAGAAGUUGGAAGCACUAGAGAGCUUUGUCAGCCAGGUAGAUCACCUUCGGCAGCAAACACUGCAGCAAAUGUCUCGAAUCCUCACAACAUACCAAGCAGCGCGAGCCUUGCUUGCAAUGGGGGAGUACUUUCACCGGUUACGUGCCCUCAGUUCUCUCUGGACUGCUCGUCCCAGUGAACCAACAUAGUCAUCUGCAAUGUAUUCUCCGUAGUUACAUGUAUUCUUUUUCCAUUAUAUUAUGAACUUAUAUCUCCCUGUUUCAGCAGGUGUAAAUAUGUAGAAGCUUAAUGAUGAGGGUUACCAAUUCAAAACAUAUAGGUUUCAAGUUAUGUCCAAUGCAUGUAGCAUAUACUAGUGUCUCAAGGGUAGGAAUCAUUUGCUCGCUAAAACGCUUUUCUGUUGUUGGGUGCAGCAUUAAGGUUUUUCGAGUUAUUUGAUUGUAGCCAGAAUUGAUGUAUUAUUUGGAAUUAUUUAUGUAUAUGCAAGAUUACGAGGAAAACUUAGCUGAAA